CUGGCACAGAGAGUCUGGCAGACACACUGAGCGUUUAGUAGAAAGACUGGCAUCCAUGAGUGACAACAUGACGAACAACUGUUCAUUUGAUUAUGUGGAUAACCUGAUGAGAUCUCUGGAGCUGGUCUUCUAUGUACCCAUAUUCGUCAUUGGUCUGAUCCUGAAUGUUGCAGCUCUGUUGGUGUUCUGCAUCUUUCUGCGAAAAUGGACUGAGUCAACUAUCUACAUGACCAGCUUGGCUCUGAUGGACCUGCUCCUCCUCUUCCCUCUUCCCUUUAAAAUGCAUGCAACUAAUCACCGCUGGCCUGCCAACCUCCAAUCUCUCUGUUCUGCCCUGGAGAGCCUAUAUUUUGUCGGUAUAUAUGGCAGCAUCUACACCAUCAUGUGUAUAGCUGCGGACCGGUGGGUGGCCAUCUGUCACCCGUUCAAAGCCAAGCAGCUGCGUUCACCCAAAGUGGCUCGGAGGGCCUGCUUGGGGGUGUGGGUUCUGGUAGUGCUUGUGAUCUCUUCAACCACCCACGGCUUCAGGCAGGGCAGGCAAGAAGACUUCCACUGCUUCCAUGAGUUCUCGGCUGAAGGCUGGCGCCCUUUGGUCAUCAUCUGUCUGCAGGUGUUUGGGUUCCUGGUGCCCGCAAUGGUGGUGAUUUACUGUUCGGCUCACACCAUCUGGGUGCUUAAGCGAUCUGGCCAGCGCAGCCCUAGGAGCCAGGCCUGCGUGAAGAUCAUCUACAGCAGUCUGAGUGCCUUCCUGCUGCCGUUCACCCCGAGCCACCUCGGCAUCCUCCUGCAGUUCCUGGUGCACCAGAAAGUGAUUGUGGACUGCGACGCCAAGGAAAGGAUCAGCCUGUUCAUACAGUUAGCAAUGUGUCUGUCCAACAUCACCUGCUGUCUGGACGCUGCAUGCUACUACUUCAUCGCCCAUGAGGUGAGGAGCACCAGAAACUCCUUCAGGAUGUCAGUGAUCAGCAGGAGACCCACCUUCAGCACUUCAGAGGUCUGAACAUGAGUCAAAGACACUUCAAGUUAAAGUUUAAUUUGUCUUUAGAGGGCUGCUGGUAGUGAAUACAAGAUCUGGCUUCUUGGGUUUUAGCAGGUCAACGAAACUAAAGAAGUGCCAGCGAUGUUUCCAUGCAAGUGUGGCAUGUAGUGAGAGAAUGGGUGGCAGAGAACAAGGUCAGAGUGCAAUCUCAAUUAGUACAGGAAAACAACUGCCAACACUGAUAUAUGAUUUGGUCCAGUGACAGGAAACGGUUGGCACCUCAGUAACCUCAAAGAGCACUGAUACCCAAAUGUAGGCUGCAAAAAGAAAAAUCCACCAACCAGCCACAACCUGACAUGUUUCUAGAACAAUUUAAGGGACAAACUUGUGAGAUGGCUGAAAGCAUUCUCAGGUUGCCCUCAGUCCCCCACACACACACUGAUGAUGAGAAAAUGAUGUGGGGCAUGAUUCAUUUUAAAAUGGUGGCAUAUUACAGAGCAUUAUCGUCUAUUUUCUCAAGAAGCAACAACAGACAUGCGGAGAGAAAAAUUUGCAUUUACUGAAGAUCUCAAAAACUUAAAAAUGUUAAAAAAAACAAGAUCAACCACUUACAAUCACAUUCUGCAUCAAGUUGGUUCAACAGAUGUAGAUACUAAAUUAUGAAACUUAUCAUGAUAAUAAUCAUAGGUUAAUAGGGUGGGUUUUUUUAGUAUCUCAUACAUAAAAUAUCAGAUUUACGUAAUAAGUCAACUUGAAAUGAUAAAAUAAUUAAAACUGAAGAAAGAAAAUUAAUUGUAUUAAUUACAUAAUAAUUCAAAUAUUACUUUCCAUGUUCAUUUAUCUAGUAUAUGAAUAAAUCAUAAUCCGUAAAUCUCAGAAACAUCAACCAGUUGUGAUCUUGAAACUAAUGAAUUUAAUUCAUUGUCAUUAGUCAUCAGUUUCUUGUAUUUCAACAAAAACAGAUUUUUAUAAACCAGUGAUUCAGUGAUGUUUUACAACAUUUUAUCUUUGUUGUUGACUUUUUCUCAGUUUGUUCUUCAGCACAUUGUGAUCUAUUGGUCAUAGAACAAAUAACCAUUACAAGUAACUGUAAAUAUAACAUCAGAGAUAUAUUUAACCCAUUAAUUCUCUGUAAUCUAACAUGUUUAUUUUUGAGAAUUUGAAGCAGAGAGAGUUUACAUUUAUGGACCCAUCCUGUAAGUCAUUAUAUAUAAAUAAAUCCUACAGCUGUCUGACAAAGAAUUUCUACUUGUAUAGAUUUUACAUUAAUGCAAAAUAAAAAAAAUAUUCACAUAACAAAUAAUCCUUAUAUAAAUGACGAGGCAAAUAAGUGGACAGAAAGUCUGUGCUUUUUGAACAGAAACUGACCGUGUUUUGUUUUGAUUUGUUCUUAUUUAGAUUGACAUGCAUGUUGGUUGUGAAAUAUGUAAAUAUAAUUUUCACAUGUACUUUUUAUUUGAAUUCUUUUUAUCUUAGUAAUAUAAUGUAGCUUCAUACAUGUGCAAUAGUGUCAUGUGAAAUCAUGAAAGGGCCGCUAUUAAUGGCAGUCAGUCUGACCUGUGUAUUACAAACCUGCUGAUAGGACUGUUUCGAUAUUAGUAUGUUUACAGAGGGACGUGACUUUCGUGAAUGCAGUCAAAGCUGAACCUCAAACUACCUUUGUACAUGAAGGUCGUUUACCUUGUGGUAGAUUUGGAGGGGGUGGGGGGGAUUUACUGUACAUAAAUGCUGUUUUUAUGAUGUAGUGUAGUCUGUGAAAAGCUCUCUACUAAAACCAGAAAUAAGAUAUGAAGCUGUGAUGUUUUGGUUGACUUGCAUUAUUUUUGACUUGGUACUUUCAUUUUUGUACUUGCCUCCUUUUUCUUUCAGUGUUAUUGGUUUGCGCCCAGUUUUGUUUAGUUUCUGUUACAUUCAUUUCAGUUUCUGUCUGCGUGAUAUGAGCAAAAGUUUGCCUGUCAGGCCUUUUUCUGUUCUUCAGUAAACCCUGAUAAAAAUACAAUGAUGUAAAUGUAAACUGAAUAUUUAUCCAAACAAAACCCUUGACAGUGGGAUACUGUAGUUUUUUGUAUUUGAAUACGGUAAGUGUUACGUAUAUGUCUUAAAGCAUGUCUGUUCUGAAACACAAAGCUCAAAUUAAUGUUAUGACAUGACACAUUGACUCAUGGGUCAAUUAGGCCUUUGAAGAAAAUUACAGAAAUAAGGUGGCACUCCGCAGAGGUGGCACUCAGCAAAGCGCAUACCUCCGCCAAGGCCAAAGUGUUAAAAGAAUAUAUCAUAUCUUGCAGUGUAAAUUCUUGAAUCUGUUUCUUUAACUGGAUCAGCAUCAACAUUUAAAGUGUCCUUCCCUGGCCCAUUAAGUCUGGUGCAAAUCAGAUCUGUACUUUUUGCAUAAUCCUGCUGACAAACCAACCAACAAACCAACAGACUUGGGUGAAAGCACGCUUCCUUGGCAGAGAUAAGGACUCCACAGUUCAGCUAUUAUUUUGCAUUUUGAAACCAAAUCUUCUUCUUCAAUUUUGAAGUGAAAUGUAACAAACCACAAAAGAUUAAUCUUGUGAUAUGUUACUUUUACCACGAUGAAGCUGCAUUUGAAAAAAUGUGAACUGAUCAAAGCUGUGUUUGUUCCAGUUACAUUUUGUCUAUAAAAGCUGUGAGGAAGUUCACAUAGGAAAAAUAAACCUCAACCUUUCUAAAGACCAGCUCUGUUUUUACAGUGUUAAUGUUGAGAGUACUGUUGGCAGCAACCUCUAGUUAUUAUAAACAAGAAUUUGUCUGUUACUGAUAAACACACAAAAACACAAAAAAAGUUUGAUCGUUUAUUCUUAAAGCAGCAAGAUAUUACAAGAAAAAUCGACUGUACAGCAAAAUAAGGUAUCCAAGACGAUGAAA